GUGUACUGUGUGGAUUCUCGUACUUUUAACAGGUUGAAAAAACACUAGAAAAAAUGCAUUAAGCACAAAAUACUUUCGCACUGAACUUGUUAUGUGUUAAUCUCUACAAUGACUGAUUUAUUCCGAUCAGCGUUUGGAAUCCUUGGUGGCCCGAGCGAUAGAGGAAAUGAAUUUGUUGGCCAGCAGGUCGAACUCGGCGACACCAAGCUGAAAGUGCGGAGAGUUAUCGCCGAAGGAGGUUUUGCGUUUGUAUAUGUGGCUCAAGAAAAUUCAACUGGAAAGGAGUUUGCUCUGAAGAGACUGUUGGCAAAUGAUGAGGAAAAGUCAAAAGAAAUUCUCCAAGAGAUCGCAAUUCUUAAACGGUUAUCAGGGCACCCGAGCAUAGUGCAGUUCUUCUCUGCCGCGUCCAUCGGGAAGGGCGACACUGACCAUGGUCAGUCGGAGUACCUGCUCCUGAUGGAGCUGUGUCCUGGAGGCCAGCUGGUGGAUGCCAUCAACCAGCGCCACAUGCCGCUGAGCUGUGAUGACGUCCUGCAGACCUUCUACCAGGCAUGCAGGGGUGUGCAGCACAUGCAUAAGCAGACACCGCCCGUCACACACAGGGAUAUCAAACUUGAGAAUUUCUUGAUCGGAAGCAAGAAAACACUGAAGCUUUGUGAUUUUGGCAGUGCAACCGGCAAAUCAUAUCAGCCUGAUUCAUCAUGGAGCUCCCUCAAAAGAAGUACACUAGAAGAUGAGUUUGCCAGACACACCACACCCAUGUACAGACCACCUGAGAUAUUGGACCUCUAUGAGAACUUUCCAAUCAACCAUGCCAUGGAUGUAUGGGCGUUAGGGUGUAUGCUGUACACCAUGUGCUACCGGCAGCAUCCGUUUGAAGACUCAGCCAAGCUGAGGAUUAUCAAUGCAAACUACACCAUUCCAGAAGAUGACGAAGAAUACAUGAUACUACAUGAUCUAAUACGUGCAAUGUUACAGGUGGAUCCACGCAACCGGCCUCCUCUAGAGGUCAUUGUUGCCCAACUUCAGGAGAUCGCAGCUGCCCGAGAGGUCACGUUGAAAGGCCCGUUGAGAAUGCUGGAUUCCCGCGCCAGUCCUGUGCAGCAUACGGCUAGUCCUGCAAAGAGAGCUCCCGAAAGAGAAGGAGCUGUCCCAGAUUCGGUAGACUCUGCUGGAAACUUCCUGGGGAUGAUGAAAGGAGCUGGAGGAAACCUGCUACGCAACCUCAAAGAUACCUCCAGUAGGGUAGCACAGACGGUAGCAAGCUAUACCAAGUCCGAGCUGGACAUAUCCUACAUCACCAGCAGGAUCAUCGUCAUGUCGUUUCCGGCCGAGGGCUUGGAGUCCACCUACAAGAACGGUAUCGACGAUGUCCGUAGCUUCUUAGAAACCAGACAUAGUGGGCACUAUCACGUCUUCAAUCUAUCGCAGAGGACCUACAGACCUGCCAAGUUUGAAAAUAGAGUUUCAGAUUGUGGCUUCCCUGCCAAAAGACCACCCAACUUGGUUCUCCUGUAUCAUGUGUGUAGGAAUAUGUAUCUAUGGAUGCAGAGGGACCCCAAGAACGUGUGUGUGAUACACUGUAUGGAUGGCAAGGCAUCUUCAGCUACGAUAGUCUCUUCCUUCCUGACGUUUUGUCGUCUCUUCAGUACCGUUGAUGUCAGCCUCUACAUGUUCUCCGUCAAGCGAGGGCCUCCUGGGAUAACACAGUCUCAGAAAAGGUACAUGGAGUAUAUCAGUGGCAUGCUAUCUCCUACAGCCUCCAUCAUGCCCCAUCAGAGAGUACUACUCAUUAAAAGCCUGAGAUUAACUCCAGUACCACUCUACAAUAAGAUGAGGAGUGGUUGCCGUCCAUUUUGUGAAGUGUUCCAUGACGAGGAGAGGAUUCUGUCCACGUCUCAAGAGUAUGAAAGAAUGAGGGGUUUUGAGGUCGAGGAUGCCAGUGCUUUCAUCGAUCUAAAUAUCCCUGUGUGUGGUGAUGUAAUGGUUGUAGUUUAUCAUGCCCGGUCAACCUUUGGUGGAAAAGUACAAGGAAAGGUGACCGGUCUGAAAAUGUUCCAGUUUCAGUUCAAUACUGGAUUUAUAGAACCAGGAACCAAAGAGAUCUCUUUCAAUAGGUACGAGCUGGACUUCUUUGAACUGGACAAGUUUGCCGAGCACUUCCAUGCCAGUCUGGAUGUGGUGGUGUCGGAGAAGGAUAGACCGUCCCAGAAACCUCCCCCCUGGACCACGUUCGAGACCAAGCGACUGACCCCCAAGUACUGCUUCUCUGGCCAGGAGGAGUGGGACAGUGUGACCGCCCAGUUUGGUCAGAUGGAUGCGAAGGCACAGAGAAGGUUAGAGAAGGAACGAUCAGAGCAGCAACCUUCAGAGAGUAAACCCACCGCUCCUCGGCAGACAACCCCUCCUCCAAAGCCAGCUGCACCCAGAGAAGCCCCUGCAGAGGCCAAGAAGCCCUUCUUUCAGACGUUGGAUUGGCAAGAGGGUGGUCCUCCACAGACGGAAGGCCACGUGAGGCUCCCAACCCAGGAACACGAGACCCUGAUUGACGAUGACGAUGAUAGUGAUGAUGACGACUUCAACAGUUUUCAAGCGCAACGGUUGAGUGAGAUGAGCCAGAACAGUACGGUUAGCCAAAGUCAGCAGAGUCAGGGACAAGGAAGUGGUAAUGACGCUAACUUCUUUCAGUCAGAUAUCAAUGAAACAUCUCAGAGCAGUACCAACCAAGAGGAUCUCUUCGCCGAUUUCUCUUCCGCAAUGUCACAAUCGGAACAAACGACCGAUCUAUUGAACAUAGGUGGUGAGAGCACACCUGCAUCCCAGCCAGCAGCGGAGCCUGAUCUCAUGGCCCCACCUCCAAGGGACCCUACCAAUUUUGAUUUACUAGUUGACUCAACCGCUGAACUGAACAUGGGGACGUCUCCCGCUGGAAAUGGCCAGUCGAAAGAUACUUUUGAUCCAUUCAUGCAAGCCAAACCAUCUCAACCCUCCGCGCCAAAGCAAACCAAAGCCCAAGAGAAGCCAUUUGACAAUGUCAAGUUUGAUCCGUUUGCUUCGCAGCCGACCAGUCAACAAGGAACACCAAAGGCCACACCCAAGCAGGAGAGCAAACCAAGCAGUGCGGGGGCAAAGAACAAUUUGUUUGACCCGUUUGCAUCUUUUGGCCAGUCCUCCCCCAGUAUGUCUGGGACUAGCAGUCAGUCAUCUCCUGCCAGCGCCAGCAAGCCCUUAUUUGAUCCGUUCGGGGCACAGCCAAGGUCAACUCCUUCGCCGACACCCGCUUCGACGAGUAACCUGAGUGCUCCACAGGGAGGCAUGACAAGGCAGACGCAUAGCAGUGACAACCUCCUCGGUGACUUGGGCAGCUUCAGUCAAAAUGGUGGCCCUACUCUGAAACAGAGCAACAGUGGACCAGACCUAAUGGCAGGCUGGAACCAAGGUGGUCCCCGAUCCACUCCCAUGCAGUCUGGCUCCAACAGAACUCCCCAGCACUCCAGCACUCGCCCUACCCCACCUCCUGCCAAGGUGGAUCCUUUCGCCAACUUUGGAAACUUCUCCUCUCCCCAAAGCACUGCAGGGGGGCCGAUGGGAGGCAGCCCGGCGAUGGGAGGAGGGGGCCAACCCAGUCCGCAGAGGCAGAGGCAGAGCCCUGGUUUCGGUGCGGGUAGGCAACAACCGAUGAUGUCCUCACAGGCCCAGUCCCCGUCCCAUAGACCGUUCCAGCCCCAGAGCCAGACGAUGCCUCAGAAGACGGCAACCCCUCCUCCUCCCGCUCAGGCGGCCAAGCCUAACUACUUUGCCGGCGGGUUUGCAUCUAGUAGUGUCAUUGGAGGUAGAGAAGAAAGAGGCAAGAGAGAUGGAGGAUUCAUGACGAGUAAAGCAGCCAAGCAGGCAGAUUUCAGCAACCUCCUCUCAGACCAACAGAAGUUCCAGGCCUCUGCCAAGAGCCAUGAAACCAAGACAAUUAACGACAUGAAGAGAAAAGAAAUAGAAGCCACAACAGAUCCAAACGUCCUCAAGGUGAGAGACUGGACACAAGGCAAGGAGAAUAACAUCCGGGCUCUGAUCUGCUCCAUGCACCAAGUAUUAUGGGAUGGAGAGGACAGAUGGAAGCCUGUCGGCAUGCAUCAACUCGUAGAGCACAAUCAGGUGAAGAAGUGGUACAGGAAGGCGGUGCUCUCUGCCCACCCCGACAAGCAGGUGGGAACACCAAACGAGGAGCUUGCCAAGCUGAUCUUCAUGGAACUCAGUGACGCAUGGUCAGCCUUUGAAGAAUCCGGUGCACAAGCUCUCUUCUAAGGGAUGUUCCAUCGGUAUUAAGGCCCCCUUGAUUUAACUGCCAUUAGGUUUUUAUAUUUCGUCUGUGGAGUGGGGUGGACUAUGAGAGGAUGUGGAGUAACACCAUUCAUUGGACUCUUCAGGUCCCCGUCUUACAAAGAGUUGAUAUCAAUCGCAAAUUGUUUGAGAGAGAUAUCAAUCGCAACUAUGUACAUAAGAGAUAGGAGACUGCAAAAUUGCGAUUGAUUGGAGGACUUGCGAUUGAUUUGUAAGAUGGGGCUCAGAUCUGCGCAAAACCCAGUAGACCCUC